GGUGAGACCUAACCGCAUCCGCAUAGGUCGUUUCUUCCCUUUCCAAGUCAUCCCGAAAUCUAGGGUUUUCUUCCGCUUUCUUUCCCUGUUUCAUCUUUUCGUUCUCCAUAUUUUCUUUCUCUACAUCGCCAUCUCUUUUCUCAUCGGGUAGAUCGGCUCCAUUGAUGGAGUUGCCGGCGUACGAAGGCGGUACGGGGGGUAAGUUUCGGCGGCAGCCGGCCCGGCGACCAUCGCCUUAUGAUCGGCCGCCAUCGGCGGUGCGCGGGCUACGUGGUUUAGCAACUCCGGCUGCUAGCGGAAGUGGAUGGCUCUCGAAGCUCGUUGAUCCUGCGUCGCGGUUCAUUACCGGGAGCGCCUCCAGGAUCUUUUCAUCUGUAUUCCGUAAGGGGCUGAGGGGCUUGCCGGAAGCUGAAGGCCCAGAGCAAAACUGCCAAGUUAGACCGUAUGUGCCUGACCCAGUUGAUGUUCCUCCGAGUGAAUCCCAGAUCCAAGAAGCAGUUGAUGCUCACAACCCAACAAAGAAUCUUGAGACUCAUGGAAUUUCUGAGAUUGAGCAACUACUGAAACAAAAUAAAUAUACGAGGGCUCAGGUUGAUUAUCUGACAGGAUUAAUAUGUUCAAGAGCUAUGGAGCCAACCGGACAAGAAUCAGAAAAUUAUAAUGAGAAAGUCCUUGUUUCGGACAAUAGAAUUGGUGUCGGAAAUUCCAGCUUUAAUAGAAAUUUAUCAAUAUCAGAGAGUCCUUUAAAUAUUUCUCAGGCUGUGGCUGCUUCUCCUGCAGAAAUCGCUAAAGCAUACAUGAGUUCUAGACUCCCAAAAGCAUCCUCUUCAGCUAUUGGUUUGCAGAGCCAUGGAUUUCGGGAAGAUAAAAGUUCACCUUUUUCUGGGCCUUCUGCGACAAAACCACAUGGCCUGCCAGUUAUGCCCAGAUCUGUUUUGCGCUUUUCGGAAUCCCCUGAACUUUCAGGUGCAGGUUAUCCUACUCCAAAACCUCGUGGAAGAUCUGAUAUGUAUAAAAUGUCCCGCUCUCCUUAUUUCAAGGUCGAUCCGGCAAUAAAUGAGAUGGCGAGUAAAUAUACAACUCUUAGUAAUGCUCCUGCUUCUUCUCAGGGGACCCCAGGAAGCACUUCAAAAUCUGAUGGCCGACAGGCCUUGAAACGGAGUAGUUCAAUUUUAGAUAGUGAGUAUGGAUCUUUUGGCCCUAUUCGUAGGAUUCGUCAGAAAUCUGGUCUAAUUUCUGCAGCUAAUGCACGGUUUGCAUCUCCAAGUAGUUCUAGAGGAUUUCCUUUACUCCAACUUGAUAAAGAGGAUUUGGAUCCUACUUCAUCUCGUCAGCCUUCUUCACUGAAUGAACUAAAGCAUGCCAGCUCAGGUUUACAAAUUGAUGAAAAUAGGAAUGAUAAAAUAUUUUCUUAUAAUGUUCCUCCGGUUCCAGGGCAUUCAAUUGAGACAAGUCGAAAAAUAUUGGAACAACUUGAUAAAUUUACACCACCAGAGAAGAAGUCUAUUAUGAAACCUAUGGGCAUGGAUGAAUCACCCUCAAAGCUAACCAAUGAUAUGCUAAAUGGACGAGCGCUUAGAAGCAUGGAGAAUGUUGAUACCUCCAAAUUUUUAAGUACGGAUAAAUUUGGUACUCCGGAUUUAAGAAAUGCAGAGGAUCCACAAAAACAUGGUGGUUCUCAAUUAGAAAAGCUGGGCAAGGCACAGGAAGAUAGCUCUUCAAAGUUGGAUUUUCAAGGAGUUAAAUUUGCAAUGGUUGCCAAACCCAGUAUUUGUUCUGCAGACAUCCCCAAUACCUUUCCUGCUACAGUUGUUUCAAAAAAGAAGCCAGCUUUCCAAAUGACUGCCCCGGAGGAUUUGCUUGAGCUUGAUGAAGAAGAAGAAGCAGUGGAUGUUUCUAUUCAAUCUAUUCAAUCAAUCGUGAAUGUGGUUAAAACAGAGUCUAAAUUUGCAGAAACUGAAGCUUCUAUUUCUGGCGUGUCAGCACUGGAGGUGCCAUUUCCAUCCUCAAAGAGUUUGAGCGUUUCCAGUUCCAUACCCUUUACAGAAAUUAAGGAUGCCUAUGACGCUUCUCAUAAUUCUGAAAAGGAGAACAGUUUUAGAUUUCCUGUUGCAACUAAGUCCAGUGGUCUUUCUUCGCCAUCUCUCACUCCAACUAUGCCUUCCCAAUCUCAUGAUAAGCCGCUGACUCGAACUGAACAAACAGUAGUUCCUCCAUUUAUGUUUGGUUCUGUGGCUAAGGAAUCCCUUAUUGAAUCUAAACCAGACCAAAGUCCUGAUGGAAAGAUUCAGUUGGAAAGGUCAAGCCUUCUCAGUGGUGGUAAGCAUGAAGCAGAAAGUCUGCACAAAUUUCCUGGAAUAGGUGCUUCAACUGGCAUGUUAGCAUUGGGUGGUGCUAAAGUCAGUUCUUUUGGCGCAUCAGUUACUUCAACCCAGAGUAAUGGCUCAGUACAUUCAUCUUCAUUGCCAUCUUUAUUAGCAGCUUCUACACCAGAUUCAAAUCCUCGGUUGCCAAUGAGUUUACUCUCAUCAAACAGUAAUUUGGCAGCCGCCAGUUCAAGCAGUCCACCACUUUCAUCCACUUUACCUGCAUUUUCCUCUGCCAUUACUUUAAAUUUUAGAGCUGACUCAACAGCUGUACCUGUUUCAGUUUCUCUAUCAUCAGAUAAAUCAAACUCUGUUGAUGCAGAAGAAAAGGUUUCUAACAAAUCACCAUUCAGAUCAUUUAAUUCUCCCACCACACUGGUUGCCUCAUCAUUUUUAAGUACAGGAAACAGUAAUACUUAUUUAAUGGGGUUAUCCUCCUUUCCUGGCUCAGGAGGUACUCCCUCUGUCGAAGCAUUGCCUUCUUCAAGCAUGAGCACGUCUACAAAUUCUACAUCAGUAGUGCCUUAUAUUUUCUCAGGGGUAUCUAGCGGUGGCUCUGCUUUUGCUGCAUCACCUUCAUUGUCAACUAACAGUAGUGGUUUAUUUGGUACUAGCGCUUCUGUUCAGACCAAUAGCACAGGUGUUUAUGCUGCUAAUAGCAGCUCUGAGAAGUCCAGCACAAAUUUUGGUGCUAUAGGGGGGUCAAUCUUUGGUGUUCAGCCAGCCCAAUCUGGUAGUAGUAAUUCACUCUUCUCUCAGAGUUCAACAACUCAACCGGACUCUUCUUCAUCUGCCACAUUAGGGUUGGCCAGCUCUUCCUUGUCAGCAUUUGGUACCUCUUCAGCUUCAGUAUUUGGGUCGAAUAGUUCAUCUUCACCAGGAUUUGGGCAGGUGUCAUUUGGCAUUACAAACCAAAGUGCAAAACCUUUUGGUUCAACUUCUGGUUUCUCUUUUUCCCCUGCUUCUUCUGCCAGUUCAAGUUCAGGGUUUUCCUUUCCUUCUGUUACUGCCUCUGUUGCCAGUGCAUCAAAUUCAAGUUCUGGGCUCACCUUUACAACUGGCUCUGGUCCUUUAAAUUCUGGUUUCUCCUUUUCUCCUAGUGCUAGUUCUUCUAGUCAAGAUGGUAAUACUCUUUCACCCGCAGCUACUUCGGGUUUGUUUGGUAGCAGUUCUCUAGGUUCAUCAUCUUCCAUCUCUAGUUCUCAGUUUGGUUCUUCACCAUCAGGCUUUUCAUUUGGACUUAAAUCUACUGCGUCAGGUGUUUCCUCAUUUGGUUUUGGUUCUUUAUCAGGACCUGCUUUUUCAUUUGCUUCUUCUAGUGCCAGUGUGUCAGCUGCAACAGCCACACCUCUCUUUGAAAUGAGAAGCACAUCCGGUGGUUUUAGUUCUGCAUCACAGAAUAAUGACCAGAUGAGUGUUGAGGACACCAUGGCUGAUGACACAAACCAAGCUCCUGUGCCUGUUACUUUUGGUCAACCUAACAGCACCCCAUAUACAAAUUUUGUGUUUGGUGCUGCAGCGCCUUCUAGCGGAACAUCUCUCUUCCAAUUUAACAGCCAACAAAAUACUCAAAACCUUCAAAAUCCAAAUCCAUUUCAGGCAGGAGUUAACCCGGAUUUUGCACCAGGAGGGAGCUUUUCUUUGGGCAGUGGAGGUGGUGACAAGUCUUCACGAAAAAUUGUGAAAGUUAGACGAGAUAAACUUCGGAGAAAGUAGGGAGUGAAGUUGAUUUUUCAAGUAUUUAGCUGUCUAUUUCAUGGGUACUUCUGGGCAAAAUUUUUGGAGGCAAGAGGUAAAGCUUCAUUGUUCAUCCACCAUGACUCUGCAUAUUUCCAUGCAAUGGAGAAAAUUUUUCUGUACUGGUACGAGUCUGGAAUCAAAUUUAUGUUCUGUUCUCUUGUAUCUGCCCAUCUCCUUCUCUAUAUUGGUUAUAUUGUUACAAUUUUGGUUAGCUGUAGUACUGCUGUAAGUUUUCCUUGUAUGAGUAUUAAAUGAUAAUUGUUCAUGGCUUCAUGCUGUGGUGAGCAUGCUUUGCACUUGUAAAAUAGAACAAUUUUAUCUUUUUAAUUUAAUUAGUCUCAUUGCUUGAUUAUAUUUCA